CGCAACCCGCGGUGGUUGAAGGAACUGUCUCGUCUGCCCACGAGUGACUACUGCACGUUGACUGUGGCCACACACUGCCUUGCACCCGCAUGCAAUGCAGAGCACAUCGAACACCUACCACCAGCUCGGGGGCCACAUAUGGGACAUUAAGACCUGGGACGAUCGCCUGAAGCAAGGACAACCAGCCAGUGGCGAUGUCAUAAGACUUGUGCUAGGUAUUUUGCCAAAUGGGGCGUCUUAUGUGCUGGUUCCUAGCAGCCGUCCAGGAGCGCGGAUGUGUCGCCCACGAGCGGACCGCCCGGCGGCGGUCUUCCAGUCGCUCUCUUUCAUCGAUUUUCAAACGGAAGUAGGAUUGAAUAUGAAGCUAGAUACGUAUGCGUCAAAGAGGAAGGCAAAGAGUGAUACGGAACCUCGAGACCGGAGCAAGGCAAACACUGCGUAUACAACUAACAAGUAUCUCACUGAUUCCGGCAGGCAUCGAGCAUCGUUUGAGCAUCAACGCGUCCUCUGCGGUAUACUCCGCAAAGAAUAUAAAAGAGAACACAUGGCGGAACUGUCUCUCAAGCCGGGACUCCAGAACGUCAACUUUCGCAUAAUCGCGCUCACAGCGAACAUGUGGAAGAAGGACACCCGCAUGUUUGAAGAGCGUGACAAGAUUCUGGACGUGGGAUUGACGGAAUAUAUAUUCCCCCAUGAUGGCAGUAGCUUUACCGCGCAGUCGAGCUCAGAUAUACGUGUCGAAGAGAACAGGUUUCUUGGGAAUGGGUUCAGAACAGUUAGAGCAAAUUUCGCGUUUGGGACGACACAAGUCGAAAGUGCAGAUUCGGUCCUCGAGCGACUACAACGGCUAUUUUCCACACCGCCCAGUGAUUCUGCCAGCAGAAAUACCCUGCUACUCGUCUAUGACGAGGCCAAAUUGCGGAAAGCCCUCAAUGUUAUAGGAUUAGACACCUCGGAGUGGAAGUCCGACCUGCACGACUUCCUCUAUGAUACGAGUUACCCCUCCCGAUCGUCAAGUACAUACUCUUCGCGAGACUGGUACAGGACACCCCGAAGGGGGUCUUCGCGCUCUCGUUCGCCCCGUCCAGGCACUGAUGACCGCCCCCGGCCACGAUCACCAGAACGACGCUCUGCCCGCCCUGAGGUCUUCCUCGUCGACGUGCGCAGACUGUACAUGACCGUGCGAAGGAUCGGGAUGAUCCCCUUUGACGCGGACACGGUGCUGCACACCGCAAAAGAGCUGAACGUGCAGUUGGACGAUGCUGGCGCACACAGCCAAGCGCUCUUCCAGGAGAACGAAUGGUGUGCCGGCAAUGACAGCAGGCUCCUGGGCGCGAUGUGGCACUCCAUGGCACGCGGCCUCACAAUAGACGAGCAGCGCGCAGUGCGGUGGCCCUCAGAUGCUCCUGCGGCUUCUGAGCGUCUUGAUACGCCGAAUCCGAAUGCCGACUCAGAUGAGGAGCUUGACCCGAAUGAUAUGUUUACGCCGGCUGGUGGCGCAGUCUCGGGUGCCUCCAUUGCGGCGGCCUCGACGAGUCGAGGUCAAAUGGAUUGGCCGGAUGACUGGGACUCGGAUGAUGAUGGCUACUAGGUUCUCAGUUCCAUUUCAGGUUCAACGUCUUGAGAGACAGCAACACUAAACGGAAAUCCGAUGGUAUCUUACUUGCUCAGAAAAUUCAGACGGCGAAACGUUGGAAGGGAUGCGGAAGAAUCAUAACGAAUUUUGUGUUGUCUAAGACUAUUAUUCGGAAUAGAUCAUGAUAUCAUCGUAACUAUUGCUUACAUCGCGUGUAUCGUAGCACAGGAUUGGCAUACCAUCUGAGCGAAAGAUCAUCCGAACCAUUAUUUCAUAUGAAUAGGUGCGUACCAGGACCGCAUGUGGCAUGUGCAGCAGUCUUCAAUUUGAUGCGGGAGUGCAACGGUCCGCGGAUAGGUUC